AUGGGAAGCUUCGCCAAAAUAGCAGACUCUGAAUGGGUCGGGUCGGGCCGGUAUGCACAACUCAAGAUCAAGUAUGAUGGAUUACUCUAUGAACCUUACCGAUUCUCCGAUAUGCUAGUUGCAGAAUACGCACUACGUGAAUCUGUACAGCGCGAGGAAAUACUACAAUACAAGAUCCAAGGUCUUGAAAAGGCAGUGGCUAUCGAACCCGACGGCAAAGCCCAGCUUGCACUGGCAGACGCGAAGAGUGAACUAGAUAAAGUUGAGAUACAAUGUUAUCAUAAUCAGCAGGCGCUUUAUCGGACAGAAGCAACGUUUAUUCCACGCGUGAAACGAGAUUAUGACACGUUAAGAACCGAUGAUAACUGGUAUAUGCGAGAGGAAAUGGCUCAAGAUUGUGCAGAUAAAGGCGGCUGCUGCAGCCGAGGUUGUGGAUGCUGCGCUCGGAGAAAGCUAUCAGAAAAACGCAAAGGGACGGGCUACUGCACUCUAGAGUGUUGGUGCUGUUCAAUCCAGCGAGGCUUUGAGGUUCCAUGUGAGGAAAAUCAGGAGAUUCAGCAAAAGUACAAGGAGAUGCUUGAGGGCUCAAAUCAAACUUUUUUGUUGCAUUCUAUUAACUGUCUUGUUUCUCCAUUGAAGUGUCAACCUGAAGUGCCAGUGCCAGUGCCCUCAAAGUCUUUAUAG